UUCCUUCUUACAAUUUCUACCCUAAACCUUGGGAGAGGAGGGUGAAUAUGACUUACAUCAGACGUAAUCCAGUAGUCCCAGAUUUAAGCUACAUGAAUCUUGAAAGUCGUUUCCCUCGAAGUAUUUCGACCAAGGCUUCAGUUAAAGAUAACUUGAAAUAAAUAAGUUUAAAAGAAAUCCAAGAACUGUUAAGAAGAAAAGCUUAAACAAGACUUUGAAGAAUGUUCGAAAGAAGCUGUUGCCAACAAAGAAGCCGUGGUUUAUGAAGGUUAAUGCCCCAUUUGAAAAAGAGACCUCCCCUCAGAUCAAGCUGUUUAAGGUAGAUUCCUUUGUUUCAGGGGAUAUCUCCCCAGGUCUGAAAGAUAUCAAUGGGACUAAUGACCUUCCUUAUUGAGUUUGGGAUGAGUCACCAAAAAGAAAGAAGAUUGAGAUGAAGUUAAAGACUGAUAAUUAUUCCAACUUUUGAUACGAUAAUUCAAAAAUGUGGAAAAGGAUUAAAAGAAUUGCAAAGGACCAGAAAUAACUUUAUCCCAUUCCCUACAGGAAGAACCAAAAGGCUUCAAAUAGUAAAACCGCAUUUAUGGAGAUUCAAAAGGAAAGAACCAACCUUGGAAGAGCUUAUCAAGAAAGACUCGUAUGAGAAGUUGCUAGUAAAUAUACAGAAAGAUAUCCAGAACCCUCACGACCCAUUUAAGAUCCAGAAUGAGAAGUUUGAUGCUUAUUUUAAGAAGAAUUAGGCCAAA